AUGACGACUGGCCCUACAACCAAUUCGCCUUCUGAUUCUCUUCAUUCAGGCAUCAUGGCAGUGUACCAGAGUUCAGACAGGGUAUCAGGGAUCAGUGAGGUUAUUGCAACCUUUGGGUACUCUGUAAUGGAAAUAAGAAAGCAUCACGAUGGGUUUCUUGGUUACGAAAGGGGUGAAGGGAAGGCAGUGAAUAUAUGGGUGGAAUUCAAUGUAGUUCAUUAUUCUCGGACUGAUGAUAAUCAGAGGGAGAAUUUUCCAGAGUUGAAAAGGCAGCAAGAGCAGCUGAUUAUAGUAUUGGGAGAGUCUUCCAUUUUAAAUGAGCACAUGGUUGUGCUAUUGCCUGGAGAUGUUUAUGCUAUUUCUGCUGGUUAUAAGAUGGAAGAACUUGAACAGGACUCGAUGCACGGACUUUUUGAAUGCUCCAUUGAUGUACUUGCGAAUAUUGAUCAGGUUUCCUCUGUUAAGCAUUUUGUUCUUGAGGAGAACAUGUUGGAGGUUGACUAUCCCUGUGUCACCCCAGAGGUUGUUCUCAAAGCAUCUGGUCAUGUUGAUAAAUUUACUGACCUUAUGGUUAAAGAUGAGAAAGCUGGGACUUGCUAUCGUGCCGAUCACUUGGUCAAGGAAUUCUGCAGUGAAAAGCUUCAAAAAGACCUUUCCAUAACUGCCAAGGAGGCUGCAGAACUGAAGCGCAUACUUGCUGUUUUGGAUGAUCUUUCAGCUGAAGAGCUGGGUGCCAAACUUAAGGAGUAUGGCAUUAUAGCUCCAGACACUAAGAAUCCAAUUUCUGAUCCAUAUCCAUUCAAUCUUAUGUUCCAAACAUCAAUAGGCCCAUCUGGCUUGAGCCCUGGGUUCAUGUGGCCAGAAACUGCACAGGGCAUAUUUGUUAACUUCAAAGACUUGUACUAUUACAAUGGGAACAAGCUUCCUUUUGUUGCUGCUCAAAUUGGCUAGGCUUUCAGAAAUGAGGUUCUUAAUUUUCUUAUCUUUGGACUUUAGCACUUAUGUUUGCAUAGGAUGCUCAUAUUAUUUCUAAUUGGUAACGGGUCUUUGUAACUAGUAUUUUGGUCCUCUCCUUUCU